ACAAAAGCAGUGUUUUUGUGUACCUAUCUGUAGGGCCCCUAUCCGUAGGGAUUGCGGGGUAAUUAAUUUGAUGAUGCAUGAUGAUGGGCCCUGUGAAUCAUGCGAAGAUAUUGUUCAUCUCGGAGAUCCUGGAAAACAAAGCCUCUCUUCAAGGUGAAUCUGUGSGCAUUUUGGGAACCUGGCAGAGCUAUGAUGCUUUGACUGAGAGUGCAGUGAUCAAGCAUCGCGGUCWUUGCCUGACCAUCAAUACCUCAAUGCUGCCGACUCCAUGCCAACCACCCAAGGUUGGAGAUCUUGUUCAAGUAAUUGGUGAAAUAGAUUGCAGAUGUCCUCAAGCUCUAAACAGUCCUUCUAAGAUUGCAGUCCAUGCUCGGAUUUUCCGGAUCGUCAACGGAAUUCAUCUCGAUCUGUACGAGACAGCUUUGGAGAUGCGCCGCCAUUUCGAGAAUCAUCAGAUGCCUCGUCACUGAGACAUCAGUCAGAUGUAUGUGGCCAUGUUUUGCAUGCUUACGCARAUGAAAACCCUGUAAUAAAAGAUAUCAUUUUGACGACCAGUAAAAAGUACAAAAAAAUUGUUCUGUGGUGAAGGAUCAGUCUUCCGUCUGCAAUUUGUGUCACCCACUCAGCGUAUUUCUCCGUCUGCAAGYUUGUCAGGGAGUUGCCCACAUCACUGGCAGAAGAUACAACUGUGUUUCUAUAAAUARCAUUUCCCUUUAUACCCCCCUAGAGAGAGAAGCAGAUGGAGGGAGGAGAACUCCCGUCUUCCGUCGAACACAAAGCACCCUGAUAACGAAUGUAUACAAGCUAUCUUUCCGGUCCGAUGCAGCCAAAAUAAGGGUGCGUUGUGUUCGGGGGAAAGAAGGCGAGGCUGUUGUCUCAGCGACUCACAAGGCAACUGCAAUUUUGCAAUCUCUGUAACGUUUGGGGUUGGCCCCGUGCAUUAUACUUCAAACCUAUGGUGGUCCCCACUCGUGGUCCCCAUCGUGGUCCCACUCGUGGUCCCCAUCGUGGUACCACGAUACGCUUACCGACAUUCAGGACGAGGACGAGGACCAUCGCUGCUAUCGCUCAAUGUAGAGUUCGACGGAGCAUCGGCUCAAUGUAGAGUUCGACGGAGCAUCGCCAUUGCCUGCACCUCUGCUGUGGCAUUAGGAGGUUCUUCUGUAUCCUGCCACGGUAGCAGCUGGAAGGAAACAGGCUUGUGUUUCAUCUUUGGGAAAAGUGUGUGUGUGUGUGUGUGUGUGUGUGUGUGUGUGUGNUGUGUGUGUGUGUGUGUGUGUGUGUGUGUGUGAGAGAGAGAGAGAGAGAGAGAGAGAGAGAGAGAGAGAGAGAGAGAGAGAGAGAGAGAGGGUGGUUGACAUCCUAGAAGCUGGAAGCGAAGGGCUCUUGACCCUGCUCUUUGCUGGAGGACAUGGUCCGGGUCAUAUAGCUGAGGGCACAGUUUUAUUGCGCUGAACGUCGGGUGCGUGCUGUGUGGUUUUCAUGAUCACUCUGAACUCUACUUAAGUGUUUGACGGCGGGUGAGCAUGGCUCUGGUUGAAACAACUUGCCGGCGUUUUCGACUGGGCGAUGCGGCCAGUUAUGUAUAUGUUGAUUGGUAUCCUUCCCAAGUGAAAAUUAUAGUAACAGAUUGUUCGAAAGCCUGGACAUGGGAGCCGAGUGUCGAGGAAUUUGUGGAGAAAGCAGAUGUUAUGGGUGUGAGUGCCGAGGAAUAUGUUGUGGAAGUGGCUCAGUACUUGAAGAAUCAGAAUCCUGCUUCCCAGUAUGAGCUUCUGCCAGUCGGUGAUGGUAAGGUUAAGCUUUCCUGGAGCUUCCAGAGGGAAGGUUUCAAACUGUACGCGCGCUGGGUGUUGCACCCUGUUCCAGAUCAUGCCAGGGCGAUUUGUUUUAUAAUGGAUUGGUUAUCGCAUCGCCUGGAUAGUACAGAGGAGGCCUUGCAGAGAAAGCAUCUUGCUUUUGAGAAGAUGUUGGCAGAGGUCAACGAAACGCAGCAGCAGUCGGAGCGAUUUGCUGCGGAGAAGAAGGCUCUCGAGGACGACCUGUACAGUAAGUUCAUUCUAGUGUUGAAUGCGAAGAAAGAGAAGUUGCGCGAGCUUCGUGCUAAGUUGCAGAGCAAGGAACACGAAGUCGGUGAGGAACAAGCUGACACGACGGAUGCAGAAGAUGGGGUCGAUCAUGGGAGCACGGAUGAGUCAGAAAGAGAGGAGGAGGAAGGUAAUGUGAAAAAAGAUGUGAACGACGAGAACAUGGGACCAGAGGUGGAGGAUGCGGAAGUGAAAACUGCAGGGAUAUCUAGUAGCGCAGCGAAAGCUGAUAGGGUCAGGAAAAGCACAGACGGUAAAUUGGGUCUAGAAACUGGGGGAAGCAGGAAAGUGGGCAGAGAAACUGGGCCAGCUGGAACGAGAUCGGACACCCUGGAUUCAGCUGGACAGGAUGCACGUGAGCUGACUGAGAAGAAUCGAGGGACAGGAGGGGUAGGUUCCUAUGAUUCUGAAUGGGGAGGGCGCUCAAGUGAUACUGGCGCAGGCAUGUGGGGGGCGAAUGAGACCGACAGUCAGACGCUGGACUGGAAGGUGUAUCAACAGCAAUGUGUGGACCAGGCGCGCGACCAGGCAGCAAAAGACCAGCGACAACAUGUGGAGCGGGUGCGCGGCCAGGCAGCAAAGGAUCAGGAACAACGUGUCGACCAGGUGCGCGACCGGGAAGUAAAAGGGAUAGAAGGGGGCUUGGAUGCUAGGGAUGGAGGCAGACAGAAUGUGCAGGCAAUCGUUGAGAAGAAGGAUAACCACCUCCGCCAGGGCAGUAGUCAUACUGAUUCCAGUGUAGAGGGCAAUGGCCAGACAGGAGGAGGCAGCGAAAGUCACACAAGACAAACGGUGCAAUCUGGCAACAGAGGAGGAAAUACAGGAACAAGUGCAGUUGGACUUGGCGGUUUUCUAGGCAGUAGCUUGUACACAAGCACAGCGAGGAACAAGCGCAGGUUUUGAUAAUAUAACAUCCUUUCUAAAUUUAGCAUGUUUCCUUACCUGCUCUCUCCGGAUACUGAGUCGUUUUAUACAGCUUGUCUGGAGGGUAGUUUUGUCAGCAGAGAUGUCAAUGGUGAGAUGGACAGCUGAUGCAUUUAGCAGAAGCAUGGGACGGAGAUGCCUCCGGUCUGGCCGAAUUCUCUCUCUCUUAGUUGCUGCAAAAUGGGCACACAAUACAUGUAGUCAGAAGAAUGCAGGUAGAGUUAAUAGCUGCAAUAGUUGUGAAUCUUGUGAUCCAUGUCCUCUCAUUGGGAGAGUCAGAUAACUGAUACGCUGGAAGAGUCACGUAACUGGGAGGGCAAGGGUGCUUUGGCACAGGAGUCAACCAAUUCCCAUUAUGUACACAUAC